AUGCUACCCGAGGAAGCAGCUCGCUUACGGGAAGAGGCCGCAGUGGCAGGGGAGCCUGUGGACGAGGAAGAAGAUGAAGAGGGAUAUGUCCACCCCGCAGGGUGCGCAAGAGCUCAUGGGUAUUACAAGGUUUCGGAAGUCGCCAAGUCCGCCUAUCUACCCCAGAGGAAUCGAGCCAUUGUCGAAGUCGAUCAACCAGCAGGCAACUCGGGCGGCAACGGGAAUAACGCCAAUAAUAACAACAACGCCGUAGCGUCUUCUCGGUCGGCACGUGUAGCGACCCGUCGUUUCGUACAAGGAAUGGAACAGUCCAAAAAGGCCGCCGACGCCGAUUCGGACGUAUUCGCCUUCAAUCAGUUGCGUACUCGGAAGAAGCAGCUGAAAUUUCAGCGUUCUCCUAUCCACGACUGGGGUCUUUAUGCAGUCGAGUCAAUCACUGCCGGUGAAAUGGUCAUCGAAUACGUGGGUGAGGUCAUCAGGGCUCAGGUUGCAGAUAUCCGGGAAAAGUGGUACGAAAAGAUUGGAAUCGGGAGCAGUUACUUGUUCCGAGUGGACGACGAUGCCGUGGUGGAUGCUACCAAGAAGGGAAGCAUGGCUCGCUUGAUCAAUCACUGUUGCACACCAAACUGCACGGCCAAAAUCAUCACCAUCAAUGGGGAGAAAAAGAUUGUCAUCUACGCAAAGACGAGCAUUUUACCAGGCGACGAGAUCACCUACGACUAUCAUUUCCCCAUCGAGUCACCUGAGAACAAGGUCAUCUGCUUGUGCGGAUCGCCUAGGUGUCGAGGGUUCCUCAACUAG